AUGUGUUUCAGGGUGGACUGCAAGCAAUGUGGGAAGUACUCCUGGGGAGGAUGUGGAAAGCACUUGGGCACCCUGUACGCCAGCAUAGAUGAGGGGAAGCAUUGCAUGUGCCGCUCAUGGCCUGGUGUGGCCAUCCCCAAGCAGGGGACACCUGCUCCCCAACAAUCUGUGGCCUCAGCCGCAGCUAACCCUAAUGUGAUGCAUGUGUAUGGCAUUCUGACAAUAUAA